AUGCGUUUUUUUAUUGUAUUUGCCGUCAUUGCAGCCAUCCUGUGUGCUUUGGCUGUAGCUGAAGAAUCAAAUCAACAGGAAUUGAUCAGAAAUAAACGACAAUUCGGUUACAAUCCUUACUAUGGAGGUGGUUUUGGUGGCUUUGGUAGACCUGGUUUCGGAGGUGGCUAUUACGGACGUCCAGGCUUCGGUGGUGGUUUCUAUGGAAGACCAGGAUUUGGUGGUGGUUUUGGUCGUCCAGGAUUUGGAUUCUAUGGUUAA